AUGUCAGCCUCCAACCCUCCGCAGUCAGCAUCCAGCUUCGCGCAGCCAACCCACGCACUCCCGCCCAACACACCCUCCGAGCCCGGAUCGGGCGCGACACCGCAGCCCGCCAAACGCAUCGCAUGCGUGAUCUGUCGCCGACGCAAGCUGAAAUGCGAUGGCGCGCGGCCGUCGUGUGGCACUUGCGCGCGGCUGAAGCAUGAGUGUGCGUAUGAGGAAUCGGUGCGUCGAAAGAGUGGGCCGAGAAGGGGAUAUGUCAAGAUGCUCGAGGAGCGAUUAGCACACGUCGAGGGAUUACUUAAUAGCCGCGAUAGUCCCCCAUCACAGCCCACCGCCAUCGAUCCCCCGCGGGACCUCGCAGGUCUCGAGAGUGAAUCACCUACUUUCGAAGAAGGAAACUACUCGAUUGGCUCCCACAGCACGUUCAGGGAGGCCACGCGCCUCACGCUCGAGAGCGACUUCAACUCGCUGCCAAAGCUGAAGGCGUUCAAGAGCUCGAUUGCGCCCCCGUCGACGCAGCAGCAGCCUCAACAGCCGCAGCAGCAGCAGCAGGUGUCGCCGGCUGAUGGGUUGGAGGAGAGUCAGAAUCCGCUGUUUGGAUGCGCACAGGGGGGUGCUCAAGGCCCCGAUGACGAGUUUGAAAAGAUAUACGCGUUCGAGGCGUUCACGUUCAACGAGGACGAGCAGAAACAAGAUGGGGCUUCGAAUGUCUUUGAUCUGAUCUCGCUUGGAAUGGACGAGCCACUUCCGCCCAAGCAAGUGACCGACGAGCUCAACGAGCUGUUUUUCAGAGGGUUUAAUAAAUCCUACCCGAUGCUGCACAAGCUGCGCUACAUGACCAGUCUCAACUACCCGCCGCCGAUGCAGCCGCCGAUCUACCUGCGGUACGCGAUGUGGACGAUGGCCUCGUCCGCGUCGCGCAAUUUCCGGCAGUACACGCCGAUAUUCUACCGGCGGGCGCGCAAAUACCUGGAGAAGCACCAGACGCGCGGGUUUGGCGAAGGGAUCGCGACGCUGCCGUUUGUGCAGUCGUGGGCGAUUAUCGGGCUGUACGAGUACGGGUCGAUGUUUUUCCCGCGGGCGUGGAUCUCGGUGGGGAUCGCGUGCCGGAUGGUGACGUUGUUGCAGCUGAAUUCGAUUGACUCGAACGUGGUGGGCGUGAAGCGGUGUCUGCCGCCGCCGAAGGAUUGGAUCGAGAUCGAGGAGCGGCGGCGGACGUUCUGGGUCACGCUGCUGCUGGAUCGGUAUGCGAGUAUAGGCACGGGGUGGCCGAUGGUGCUGAACGAGCUCGAUAUCCAGACGAAUCUGCCGACGAACGAUGAAAACUACGAGCAGGGGGUCGCGGAGGAGACGUGCUCGGUCGGGUCGGCGAUGAGUCCGUCGACGUGCACGUAUAUUCGGAAGAUGUCUGCGUUCUGCGCCAAGGCGGUUAUUACGGUGAUGAUUGGCCGUAUCUUUGGGCAUCUGCACCGCGGGGACGCGGCGACGACGGAGUACACUCCCUACGCGCCGGAUUUCUUUGAGCGGUUCCGGAUGCUGAACAAUUUAGUGCACACGUUUGUGAUUUCGCUGCCAAACACGCUGAAGCAGUCGUUUGACGCCGAGCAGUCGGUGCAAGUCGCGCAGCUGCACAUGUCGAUCCAUUCGUCGCUGAUCUGUCUGCACCAGGCCACGAUCGCGCGGUGUCAGAAGGUAGCGGGCCGGGAGCAGGAGAUUGAAAACAGCACAAACAAGUGUCUGCAGUCGGCGUCGGAGAUCACGCGGAUAAUGCAAAACAUAGCGCACUACGAGACCUUCAGGUUUGAUCCGUACCAGGUGUUUUGCAUGUACAUUGGCGCGCGGUGUUUUAUCCAGGCGCUGCGGUCGACGCCGUCGUCGGUGCGGGAGUCGAGUAAGGCGCAGCUGGAUUUCCUGCUGACGGCGCUGGAUAAUAUGCGCGAGGACAUGCUGAUUGCGCAGUCGUUUUUGCUGCAGCUUGAGGUUGAUAUGGCGAACUUGCUAAGCGAGGACGAUAGAGCGAUGGAAGGACAGCAGCAGCAGCAGCGGAGUACGAGCGGGGUGACGCAAUUGAAUAGCGGCGAGAGCAGGUUUUCAGAGACAGCGACGACGGUGACAGCGACGACUACGUCUACGUCGCCGAUAUCAUCAACGAGUUCUAACGCGCAGGGAGCGCGAGUAGGAUAUUUUGGCGCUGGAGCAGGAGCUGGAGCUGGAGGGUCAGCAGCAGGCGAGGCGGAGAUGCAGGCGGGGGUGAAUGCGCGGCCGUUUAAUAUUCUGGGGGGUACGCCGUCUGAGCGGCUGGUGUCGCUUACGGGCGGAGAAGUGACUGAGAUGGGGACGCGAGGGGUGGAGGGGGGAGUGUAUGGGGCGAAUGAGGAGAAUGCGAUGUUGCUGGAGCGGUUGAAGCAGUUGGAGGCGGAGCGGGAGAGGUUACAGAAGCUGUCGGCGCAGCAGCAGCAGGAGCAGGAGCAGGCGGCACGGCAGCAGAGUGUGCUUGAGUUUCUACAAAGUCGCCAGCAGCAGCAGAUGGUAGGAGAGUACGGUGGGAAAGGAGGAGGAAGUAGUGCGGCAGCGGCGGCGGCGGUGGGAGAGUUUGAAGGGCAGUUGAGUGGGGAGUUGGGGUUUGAAGGGGGAUUGACGGAGGAGAUGAAGGAUUUUCUUACGGAGGAGUUGGUUGAGAUUGAGAUGGGAGGGGGAGGAGGGGUGCAGUGGAUGGGGGAGGGGAUUGAGGGGAUGAUGGAUGUAGGGUUUAGUCCGCAGAUGAGGUAG